UCCAGCGGAUUCUGCAUGAAAACAAAAUGGCGGAUGAAGUCAUGAUAUAACGGUACAAUAUAUUAUUUUUAAAAUGGCAUCAAAAAACGACGAAUUAUCAGCAACCACUACUUACCUGAAGCAGUUGGGAGAGAUAUAUAAGCAUGAAUGCCUUGGCUCAAAGAAAAAAGAAUCCUGUCAUCAGCUUGGCGAGUUCUACAUGGCCGUCGAAAAAGACCCCGGUAAAGCGAAGGACAUUUAUAAAAUGGCGUGUGAGGAGUUAGGACUCAUGGAAAGCUGCUUUGCAUUAGCAAAUUUACACUUGACUCAAAGAGACUUUAGAGACCCAGAGGAGGCUUUAAGACUUUAUACCAAGGCAUGUGAUAGCAACCAACCUGGAGCAUGCAAUAAUGCUGGGUUAAUAUACCAAAGUGGCAUCGAAGAUUCACCAAUCAAUAAAGACAUGAAGAAAGCCAUGGAAUUCUUUGAUAGAGGCUGUAAAGAAGGAAACAGAAAUGGCUGUUUCAACUUGAGUGCUAUCUACCUUACGGGAAAAAAUGGAAUUGAGAAGGACAUGAAAAAAGCUUUCGCACUGUCACUCAAAAGCUGUGAACUGGGACAUCCAUGGAGUUGUGCAAAUGUUAGUAGAAUGUAUAUGUUAGGUGACGGAGUGGAGAAAAAUUUAAAAGAAGCCGAAAAAUAUAAAAAACUUGCUAAAAAACAUUCUGGAUAUGAAAUUAAUUUAUAGUAAUUAAAAUAAGAUCAGUUUUGUUAAUAUAAACAUUUCUUGUGAAAUACUUUUCAAUGAUACUUUUACAAUACUUUUUUCAAUGAUGAUUUUCAAAUACUAACAGUUGUUGAGUGUUAAUUGAUUCAACUGUAAAUUAACCCAUAACAGUAACUGUUGAUCUACUUCAAGGAUGUGAAGCCAUGAUGUGUCAGAUUGCUUUUUACAUUGUAGUAAUUGUUUAAUAAAAAUCUUCACAAAUA